CAAAUGAAUCACUGCCUUCAGCCGAGGCAGUAAUGUUCCUGAAGUUUUCUCUCCGAUCCGUUUUCUACGGAGCUGGAGGAGGAAAUGACAUUCAGUGGUGUUUUUCUCAGGUGAAAGGCGCUGUAGAUGAUGAUGUAGCAGAAGCGGAUAUAAUUUCUACAGUAGAAUUUAACCAUUCUGGAGAGUUGUUAGCAACAGGAGACAAAGGAGGGAGAGUUGUCAUCUUUCAACAGGAGCAGGAGAACAAAACCCAGUCUCACAGUAGGGGAGAAUACAAUGUUUACAGUACCUUUCAAAGCCAUGAACCAGAGUUUGACUACUUGAAAAGUUUAGAAAUUGAAGAGAAGAUCAACAAAAUUAGGUGGUUACCCCAGAAAAAUGCUGCUCAGUUUUUAUUGUCUACAAAUGAUAAAACAAUAAAGUUAUGGAAAAUCAGUGAAAGGGACAAAAGACCCGAGGGUUAUAAUUUAAAGGAGGAGGAUGGACGGUAUAGGGAUCCUACUACAGUUACAACACUACGGGUGCCAGUGUUCAGGCCCAUGGACCUCAUGGUGGAGGCCAGCCCACGCAGGAUAUUUGCCAAUGCUCACACGUAUCACAUCAACUCCAUCUCCAUCAACAGUGACUAUGAGACGUACCUGUCUGCAGACGACCUGCGGAUCAACCUGUGGCACCUAGAAAUCACUGACAGAAGUUUUAACAUUGUAGAUAUCAAGCCUGCCAACAUGGAGGAGCUGACAGAGGUGAUCACAGCUGCAGAGUUCCACCCCAACAGCUGCAGCACGUUUGUCUACAGCAGCAGCAAAGGCACAAUUCGCCUGUGUGACAUGAGGGCAUCAGCCCUCUGUGACAGACACUCAAAGUUGUUUGAAGAACCAGAGGAUCCUAGCAACAGAUCAUUUUUCUCUGAAAUCAUCUCUUCUAUAUCUGAUGUCAAAUUUAGCCACAGUGGUCGAUAUAUGAUGACUAGAGAUUAUCUGUCAGUGAAGAUCUGGGAUUUAAAUAUGGAAAAUAGACCUGUGGAAACAUACCAGGUGCAUGAAUACCUCAGGAGUAAACUCUGCUCACUGUAUGAGAAUGAUUGCAUUUUUGACAAGUUUGAAUGCUGUUGGAAUGGAUCAGACAGCAUUGUCAUGACAGGGUCCUACAACAACUUCUUCAGGAUGUUUGACAGGAACACGAAGCGAGACAUCACCUUGGAGGCGUCGCGGGAGAACAACAAACCGCGCACGGUGCUGAAGCCGCGCAAGGUGUGCGCCAGCGGCAAGAGGAAGAAGGACGAGAUCAGUGUCGACAGCUUAGACUUCAACAAGAAGAUCCUGCACACAGCCUGGCACCCCAAGGAGAACAUCAUUGCUGUAGCUACCACAAACAACUUGUAUAUAUUUCAAGACAAGAUGAAUUAGGGUUGGCAUUCCUAACUGAAGAGUCACUUCCUGCAUAGUUGAAAUAGUUGAAUCUAGCAUUUGUACCUGUAACAAAAGCAAGUGAGAGGUCCAUUAUGGCACCCCUUUCCAGUGUUUAAAAAUGUGCCAUAUGACAACACACUUUUAUAGCUCCAUGGAGAAGGCUCUGUGGUUCUGUUGUCUCCGUUCCUGCUAGCCAUUUAGGUGAGGAUAGGGCACUUUUUAAUUUAAAUGACUACUUGCACCAUCUUGCCUAAUGGACUAGACUGGACUGUCUCAACAUCGGUUUACUCCACUUUUUAUGCCUUCCAUUGUGAUGACGUCAGACACAGGGAAAGCCUUCAAUCAUGCUAUGGGAUUUAAUUGUGUAACCUCAUUACUGUAUCAUUCGUGGCCCCCUUUUUUUAUUAAAUACAGCUCAUUCUUGCUGUGGCUUGUAGCAUUCCUCCUCCUUCUGGCCUCCUGGACUCCCCCUUCCCCCUCGUCCCCCCUCCACCUCGCCUUGGUGGUGGUGUAUGGAAAAAAAAUAAACAAAAUAAAGCACAUAAAAUGGGUCCUUUUGGGGUCAGUGGUAAAGGGGGUCUGUGUUGCAACAAGUGUUUUAAUAAACAGUUGACUGUAAUCACUCCUUGCCAUGUCUGGCACCAAAAAAAAGAGAAAAUAAGGAAAAAAACAAACUACUGAAUAAAAGUGACAAAGAAUGGAGAAUCUGUUUUCUUUUUUUUUUUUUUAAUCUACCUCUUUAUACAAAUACUCUGUGUUUUACCUUAGAUGCAUGAAAAUAAAAUUAUGUUUUUUGUAAUGAUUUUAACCAGUAUUAAUUAUUUUUCAUGGGAAUGAAGAGAGGGAGGGAUUUCACAGGUACCUGCAUUCACUCCUGAGCAAUCUGGGCACCAGCCAGUGUAUGACCACUUCCAUCUCAGCACCACAACUGCUGUCAGGUUUUCAUCUGAGCAGCCACUUCCUGUGCCCUUGAAUGCUCCUCUUUUUAACCUGUUGCUUUAAUCAGAAAGGGAAUAGAAUCUUCAGGUUUUAAAUUCCAUUUUUUUGGGACUGAUGUCUUAAUGUUUAGUUUCAUCCUGGUUUCUUCAAUGCCUUGUUUUAGGAUAAAAUACCUUUAAUGCCUUGUUUAGAGCACCAAGUCCCCUGUGGCUUUGUGAGAAGUUGUCCAAGCUCCUGUGUGGUGUUCUGUAGUACGAGCCAGCACCAUGGUUCCAUAGCUAAUGACUGCACUGCAUUCUGCUGCUCUAUUUUCUGUAUUUAUUGCUAACUGGAAAUGUAGUUUAAACCAUGCAAAUGUUUUCUUCUGGCUUUUGGCUUUGCAAAGUUCCUGCACUUAUAGAAAUGUUCACUGGUGCGAGGAGCCAAACCUGUGGAGUACAGAAGCUGCAUGAAAUAAGUGUUCAUAGUGAUGUGAGAGAUUUCAACUCCUCAGCACAUAAGGCUUAUCCAAAGAUUAACUAGAUAUUGAUGCUUUAUAAGGCUCAUGAGUUUUUACUUCCAGUAUUUUUGCUGAUUGUGCUUUUAGGUUUUGUUCCUCCUUCAUGGAAAUGUUCAGUAAAGUUUGAAUUCAUGGUGAAUUUACCUUGACUGGCAGAAUUUUUGCUUUUGAGUUACCUGUAUUUAAUUAUUUCUGUGGCUUAGAGGUAGUUAUUAAAAUGACAUUAUGAUUUGAUCAACUGAGAUACUAUUUCUGCUGUAAAAUUUUGGCUGGGUUAGAGGUUAUUAACAAGAGUACUAUUGCAAUCACUCUUCAGUUUUUUUAAGUCCUUCUGCAGUGGUGUGAAAAUGUAAAAAUUCUAAUAUUUAUUAAUCCAGUUCUCUUAAAUACAGUAUUUGUCUUGUACCAUGCAUGCGUGACCAUGAGCCUUUGUAAGGAUUUUACCUUUUUUUUCACCUGUUAGCCUUGUGAAACAAAUGAAUUGCCCCAGGAACAGCAGCUGUUUUCCAGUGGGUGAAUAAACAAUUGGGCCCUACUCCUAUUUAGUAGCAUGUGACUAAUUUUACUCCAGCAACCAGACCUUCCAACACUUUGAGAAACAACUUGUUGAGUAACAUUAAUCACAUGUGUAGCUGUUUCCAGGGCCAAAGCUUAUGUUCUUUAUCUUGCUGUGAAGGCACUGAGGUGAUGAGAUGCUUUUGCUGUGGAGCUGGUAAAAUCCGGUUCUGUGAAGGUGUAGGUUUAAGGAUGCUGGAUUGGGAAGAUGAGGGCCAUGGUAUUGGGGCUGCUGUUCCUGUGCCUCCAGAGCCCCAGGGAUGCACGGAAGGUGCUGAGCACAGCCCCGCGUGGAGACGGCACAGAGUGAGCGGGUGCAGUCGCCCAGAGCAAUACUCCAGUACAGCUUCCUCUGGCACCACAGCUGGGCCUGCUGGGAUGGGUUAAAGCUCACCGUGGGAAAGGGUUUGGGUUGGCUGGUAAUGGUGGUCCUUGAGAUGUCAUUCACCUGAGGUUUAACUUGUCCUCACCAAACCCAGCUCCUGCUGUGCUGUCACACUCCAUUAGAGAAUUCUCUAAGCACACUGUCCACUGAUACAUGCUGUAAAUCAUAUAUUUUAUUAAUAAAAGUACACAGAGAAUA